AUUACUUUACAGCAAACAGAUAUAUGUCUUAUCUUCGGGUAAUUGGAAAUGCCUCGAUUAUCCUGUAAUCAAAUGAUAAAAUAGUUUCUGCUGGGUUAUAUUAAGGCAUCACUCAGCUAGAUGUUAGGUCCUCGAUGAAAUAACUACGGAUAAAUGGUGGAAAGCAAUGGGAAAUCAUCUCUGCCAUAUUCAAUGGCCAGUUUAUUUAAAUUGUACCUAUGAUUCAAGCAUUUUAGAAAUGACCGUUUCAGAAUAAUGGAGACUAAUAUUUACUGAGUUUUUCUUAUAUUCCAGGCACUGCACUAAGCGUUUCAGGUAAAAUAUCUAGUAAUGUAUCACAUGAUUUCCUCUGGCUGAUAGGAACUAAAGAAACAUUUCAUCAUGACAAUAGAGACUAAUAAGGGACUGAGUCAGUUAAGCAACAGUUCUAGUUACGUGGAGCUGGCUCCAAAUGAAUCACUUCUGCUGGGUUAUUUCCAAAGCAGAGCUGUAGACAAGGUACAUGUCUUGGAUCUUGGGCUGGGUAAGCUGGCACAUGAAGAAAGCCACGAGCUAUUGAAAUGAUCUUGUCUCUCUCCUCUAUUUACUUUUUCAUACAUCCACCUAUCACUGAAACUCCAUCUCAAGAUUUGAACCUGCAGAAUCUUGUCAAUGUUCAACGGCCACUUGAUCUGUCAUCACAUUGAGUAGGAAUCUACAAACACAGUUCAUCAUUUGCAUAAAACUCCUAUAUCUUUAGAUUAGAAGCAUGGUGCAUUAUUUGGUUGAUGGCUGAUUCUUAAUAUAGGUUAUUUUUAUAGACUGGCAAUAUUAGGGAAUAUUGCACACAGUGUCCAAUGAGUCCGUUAACAUGACAUUUCUACAGGGCAAGAAUUUUCGAGGGUGAUAAAGUGCAUGUUAAUUUCUUAUUUUGUUUUUUGUUUCUUUCUUUUUAAGGCUGCACUGACAGCAUAUGGAAGUUCCCAGGCCAGGGGUCAAAUCAGAGCUGUAGUUCCCAACCUCCGUGACAGCCACAGUAAGGCAGGAUCCAAGCCACAUCUGCAACCUACACCACAGCUCACAGCAAGUGAGCCACUGAGUAAGGCCAGACAUCAAAUCCAUGUCCUCAUGGGCAUGAACUGGGUUCGUUUUCCACUGCCGGCAGCCGUAGCUCCAACUGGACCCCUAGCAUGGGAACCUCCAUAUGCCGUGGGUGUGGCCCUGAAAAGCAAAAGAAAGAAAGAAAAUAUUUGGGGUUCAAAGAAAUAUAUAAACUAUUGUCUCUAUUUUCUUUGCCACAACCUUAACUGAAUUGUGGUGCCACAUAGAAAAGAGAAAUAUUAAAUUAUAUUAAGUUAAUUAGUAACAACAAAAGGGAAAUGUUUCUAAAUGCUUUAGUAUAAGUGUAAAUGCAUUAUAAUAGAAUGCUUGAUGUGUGAGCACAUUCUUCAGCAGUCAUAGACGCUAAGGGUCCCUGUAAUCGUAUGUUUGUUAUUUCAUAUUUAAUAGAAUUCUGAAUUGGUCCAUUUAUUUCUGUUCUUCUUUCCUUCUUUGUUGAAUCCAGGACCUACAACAGAAACUGAAAAAUACUUUGAAAAUAUGCUGAGCUCAAUAAAUACUUCUUGAUAAAUGAGUAAAGAAAGCAAGUCAGUGGCUAAAGAAUAGGAAAGAAAUAGGUAGGUAUGGGAGGACAUUAUCUGGUAGUAUUUGACAACUCGUAAAAUGAAGGGAUGAGAGAGAGAAUUUUACUAAACUGUUUUCCAUUUCAUGCCUGCUGACUAGAUUAUUUACGACAAAUCAACUAGGAGAGUGAACAUGGAAUAGGAUUUGGUUUCAAGAUGAGGGUAACUUCCAAACUUUGAAUUUUAGAAUAGCAGAAAAGAAAUCUAUCUCUCUGACUCAAGAGAGCUUGUUAAGAGUAAGAGAAAGAUUCAGAUUUCUAUGUGAAAGACUCUUGAUGAUGACCUUGCCUUCUUUUUUUCAGGCAUGACCUUCAAUUGUUCCUUGUGGCAGGACAACAGCAUGUCUGUCAAACGCUUUGCCUUUGCCAGAUUCUCUGAGGUCACUGAACAGUGUUUCCUUUUGUUUACCCUCAUCCUGCUCAUGUUCUUAGCAUCACUGACGGGCAAUGCUCUCAUAACCACUGCCAUCUGGACCAACCCGGUCCUCCACACCCCCAUGUACUUCUUCCUGGCCAACCUGUCUCUCUUGGAGAUUGGCUACACGUGCUCUGUCACACCCAAGAUGCUGCAGAACCUUGUGAGCGAGGCCCGAGGAAUCUCUCGGGAGGGGUGUGCUACACAGAUGUUUUUCUUCGCAUUUUUUGGUAUCAGUGAGUGCUGUCUUUUGGCCGCCAUGGCUUUUGACCGCUAUAUGGCCAUAUGCUCCCCACUUCACUAUGCAACACGAAUGAGUCGUGGAGUGUGUGUCCAUUUGGCAAUGGUUUCUUGGGGAGUGGGAUGCAUGGGCUUGGGCCAGACCAACUAUAUUUUCUCCCUGGACUUCUGUGGCCCCUGUGAAAUAGACCACUUCUUCUGUGCUCCCCCUAUCCUGUCACUUGCCUGUGGGGAUACCUCCCAUAAUGAGGCUGCAGUCUUUGUUGCAGCCACCCUUUGCAUUUCCAGCCCAUUUUUACUCAUCAUUGCUUCUUAUGGCAGAAUUCUAGCUGCCGUGCUCAGCAUGCCCUCACCUGAGGGUCGCCGAAAAGCUCUUUCCACCUGUUCUUCCCACUUACUUGUAGUAACACUCUUCUAUGGCUCAGCAUCUGUCACCUACUUGAGACCCAAGGCUAGCCAUUCACCAGGAAUAGAUAAACUCCUAGCCCUCUCCUAUACCGUGGUGACAUCCAUGCUCAACCCCAUCAUCUACAGUUUACGGAACAAGGAAGUCAAGGCAGCCCUUAGGAGAACUCUAGGCAAGAAAAAAGUAUUGGCUCAUAGGUAGAUACCAGAGGACCACAAAAAUGGCUCUUUGAAAAAGAUGCAAAACCAACAUAAGAGGAA